AAUUAAGAAAAAUCCACAAAUUUUCCUACUCAUUUCACUCUCUUUCUCCUUCUACUCUUGUCUCUAUAAAAUUUCAGGUUCUUCUUUUGCUAUAAGCGUUAGUGGCUUCAACAGAAAUGGCAACAGUUCAGCCACUUUCAAAUGGGGUUUCUGAGAUUACUCAAGAGGGUCUGAAUGAAUGGAUGUUUGGGAAAUUUUCAAUAUGAUGCUUCGGCACGUGGGCUUAUUCUCGUUCCUGGGCGGGUGACAAAGUGGUGGGAUGCCUUUGCCAUGGAUUGACUCACUUAGGCCUCCCCUCCACAAGAGAUUAGUUGAGGUGGCCGCCAGAAUAUGGCUUGUACUAUUGUAUUUAUGAGAGAGAAAUUGUAAAAGUACCUCGAAUUUAUAUUUCGUGAUGCUCAGAGGAGUUUGAGUUUGUUGUGCUUGACUUCCUAUAUAAAACAUUAGAAGAAUAAUGUUACUUUUGCAAGUCCCUUCAGGGGCAUCUGAUAAAAUUGGAACAUUACAUAGAAGAUUAGCAUGGCCCCUGCUCAAGGAUGGCACGCACAAAUCAAGAAAUAAUGUUAUUUUUGCAAACAGCUAGCCAAACAUUGAGGUCUUGUUGUCAGGAGUUGAUUGGCAGGCAUUCGUAGAGUUACUUGGCUGCAUUUUUUUUUGGUAAAAUAACAAAUUUAUAUUAACAUUCCUUGAGGUGAACUUGGGAGUGGAUCCAUUGACAAAUGAAGAACUGGAUUACUAAAGAUAAGUGAAAUAUGAAAUGCUUUAUCUGAGAUGUCAUUCAUAUCCUUUCUCUAAAGACUUUUCCUUUGAAGACACCGAGAUUGUAAAAUCUGUAAAUGAACAAACUUCAGAUACUGGACAUAGUAGUAGACGGCCUGAUAUUUCACUUCAAAUACCCCCGAGAUCGACAGGCUUUGGUAAAAGCCGUAGUGGAAAAGGUUUACUGCAAUCUCAAGGUUCCAACAAAGGUGGUUUAUCUCCAGGAAGCUUCUUAAGGGCUUUAAGCUUUAAGAGGAAAGGCAUUGCUCCUGAAGGUGAGAAAAGUUCACUCCUAAGUUCAGACCCAAAGACAACUGCUGAAAGUUCGAUAUCGACAAUUGCUUCAGCCUUUUCGUGGAAAAAGUCCACCUCUCUCCCAGUAACUCCUGCAUCAAACUUGUCCCCCUUGAUUCCCCUCCCCGCCACAACUAGUACGGUCGUUGAAAAGCCAAUCCCACAUAAAGAAGCAGUGCGUGCAGUUUCGAGAUCUCUAUCUGUGCCCGUAAGAAAUAUCGUUAUAGUACGAUCUACAUCUUUUGCUACCCCUAGGGCAAUUUCUGAGGCCAGUGCCAGUUCUGAUCAGGCUGGUUCUGUUACCUUAGAAAAUGAUGAUGAAGAAAUUCCUGAAGAGGAAGCAGUUUGUAGAAUCUGUCUCGAUCCAUGUGAAGAAGAAAACACUCUUAAAAUGGAAUGCAGUUGCAAAGGAGCCCUUAGGCUUGUACAUAAAGAUUGUGCAAUAGAAUGGUUUAGUAUAAGAGGAAGCAAGGUGUGUGAAGUUUGUAGGCAGGAAGUACAGAAUUUACCCGUCACACUACUCCGCAUUCCAACCACUGCUCAACAGGACGGAAGACAGUUGCAAAAUCAACUGACGUUUCGUUCACGGACAAUAAGUGUUUGGCAAGACUUUGUGGUGCUCGUUUUAAUCAGCACAAUAUGCUAUUUCUUCUUCCUUGAGCAGCUCCUGAUUCACGACUUGAAGACUCAAGCUAUUGUUUAUGCUGCACCUUUUGCACUGGUGUUUGGUCUCACGUCAUCGAUAUUCUCUGUCAUCCUCGCAAUCAGGGAGUACAUAUGGACUUAUGCUGCUCUUGAGUUUGCACUUGUAGCUAUUAUUCUUCACCUUUUCUAUACUUUGCUGAAACUGAAGGCCAUAUAUGCCAUUUUGCUGUCUGCAAUCUUGGGUUUUGGUGUGGCUAUGAGCUUGAAUGCUGUAUACAUUCAUUACUACAUUUGGCGAAUUCGAAUCGCUCAGAAUCCCAACCAAGUAUGACCGUGUUCCAACCACGAUGAGCCCAUCUUCUGAAGCUUCGUUAUGAAACUUCUAAAUUAACAAACACAAUCUGAUGAGUGAGGAGAAAGAUGUUGGUAGAUCCCACAAAACAUGACAAUUUUCAGGCAUCUAAUGAGCAAAUCUAAACAUCGUCAUCGCUCGGGUUGCAAGUUGCAACUGAUGAAGAUGAAGGUAGAUUACAUGUAUCAAUGAAAAAUGUAUUCCUACAGGCGCAAUAUAAAUUGCACAUUUCUUGUUAUUUCUUGUUUCUUUGCAAUGUCGUGUAAGAAAAAAGAUUAGUGCGUGUAAGAAAAAAAAUUAGGACGUGCGAAAGUGAUCUUGAAAAUAAUGAUUACAAGUGAUUUGUUAAAUGCUAAAUUCUGAAAUUGGAUUAAUUUUCAAUUAUGUUUCUAAA